AUGAAGUGGAGCUCGGUGGUGCUAUGCUUCUUGAUGUCUACCGGCGCAGCACGCGACAUCUUGAAGUGGUGCUCCGCCUUUGAGGAGCAUGCCCCGAAGGAUCUGCCCAACCGAAGCACCCGGCCGAAGCUGGUUCAGGUACUGCUGCUGUUUUAUGCCGGAUUUUGCAUGGCCUUCCUUCUGCCCAUCUUUGGGAUCAACUUCAACCACGGAGAUGUGAAGUGCUGCUUUCUGUUCACCUUCGGGACGAAGUGCAGCUGUAUCGUCUACUUGGUGUUGAUGUCCGACGAGUAUCACAAGACCUUGACGGACCUGCUUUGGAAGGUGAGUACGGCAAACUUGGGCAUGACAUCGAUCCUGCGCUCCAGCUUCGACAUCAUCCUGCCCUGCACCCUGGAUACUUCUGGCUGCUGCAGGCCAACAGAUGCAGAGAUGAUCGCAACAACAAAGGGCUGGAUUUUAAUUUUUAUGCUCAAGGUUUUUGUUUUUUAUGCUGGCCACUCCCACGUCUCCAUCGACCUCCGUGCCUCCAUCCCGUCGCCGACACGGUUGUUUGCGUAUGCUCAUGGGUUCUCCCUCUUAUGCCCGAG